AUGGCGGACAGCAAUCCACCAAAAGACAAAGAUACUGAGCCUACUUGCGAUGCGGAGGCGGGAAUAAUGGAAGAGACGUCGUCUCGACACCGACGUGAUUUCAAGUCACGACAAGUAAAUAUGCUGGCGAUUGCCGGAGCACUCGGGACUGGCCUCAUCAUCGGUUCCGGUACCGGUCUUUCGCGAGGGGGCCCUGCCAGCCUACUCAUCGCGUAUAUCGUCACCGGCUCGAUCAUAUUUUUCGUCAUGACGGCAUUGGGAGAAAUGGCGGCGUUCUUACCCAUGGACCGAGUGUUCAACGGCUAUGCGUCGCGUUGGAAUUACUUCUUCAAAUAUGCCAUAGUCCUGGCAAAUAAUCUCACCGCUGCUGGGUUGAUUAUCCAGUAUUGGCGACCGGACUUGAAUGUUGGCAUCUGGGUGACCGUUUUUGCGGUCCUUGUCAUUUCAAUCAACGUCCUUCAUGUCGGCAGUUUCGGCGAGUCCGAAUUCAUUCUAUCUUCCCUCAAGAUCAUCGGUCUUGUGAUAGCCAUGUUGAGUUGCCUUAUCAUCACGCUCGGAGGUGGACCCAAGCACGACCGAAUCGGAUUCCGCUACUGGAACGAGUCCGGUGCGUUUGCCGAUGCAGGCAUGCUUGGCUACACCGGUACUGAAGUUGUCGGGGGCGCUUUCGCCGAGACCCCAAAUCCCCGUCGCAACAUUCCCCGCGCGGUCAGUCACACCUUGUGGCGGAUCUGUGUCUUCUACAUCCUAGGAGUUCUUCUAUUAGGGAUGACAGUUCCGUAUAACAAUGACCAACUCGUCGGGGCGACGAACGCGAAGACGAGCGCCGCAGCCUCGCCAUACGUGAUCGCGAUGCAACUUGCCGGGAUCGGAGUCUUACCGGAUAUCAUCAACGCGGUGUUGUUGAUUUUUGUGAUCAGUGCUGCGAAUACCGGCAUCUACGUCGGUGCACGCACCCUCUACUCCCUCGCGCGAGACGGCCAAGCCCCUCGUAUUUUCAUGCGCACCACGAAACGCGGCGUCCCCAUCUACGGUGUCGGAGCGAUGUCUCUCUUUUGCCUCCUGGCGUACAUGAACAUGACUGAGGGCGCAUCUACGGUCUUUGGAUACCUCGUCAACCUAGUCACGGUGCUGGGGACGCUCAACUGGAUUAACAUCCUCGUUUCGUAUCUGUGCUUCUACUACGGAAUGAAAGCGCAGGGGAUCGAUCGCUCGGAAAUGCCGUAUCGGAACUGGCUGCAGCCGUAUGGAGCGUGGUUUGCUCUUUUCAUGACAAUCUUGAUUACGUUAUUUAAUGGUUAUAAUGCGUUCAUACCCGAAUUUACGCUGUCAUCUUUUCUGACGUGCUAUCUGGGGAUUGUGGUUUAUUUGGGGAAUAUCGCUGCAUGGAAGAUUGUUCGUCGAACGCGAAGGGUGAAAGGAAUGGAGAUGGAUCUGGUCAGUGAUCGGAGGCAGUUUGAAGAGGAAGAGGAGGAGAGGGAGAGGAGGGACAGUCAGGAGAAACUUGAAAACCCCGACCUCCUGCACUUCGACUCCUUCGUCAAUCACAACUGGGUGCAGGCCCAGUCCGGUCAACGCUUCGAAGUCCUAGACCCCGGAACCGACACCCCCUGGGCCAGCUGUCCCAACAACACCGCCUCAGACGUCGACGCCGCCGUACAAUCCGCCCACACGGCAUUCCAAAGCUACCGGCACACGACGCCCCGCCAACGCGCAAAAUGGCUCCUAGAAUGGGACUCCCUCAUCCGCGCCGCAAAGCCCGACCUCGCCAAAAUCAUCACCCACGAGACCGGGAAACCCCUCGCCGAAGCGAACGGCGAGAUCGACUACGCGACUAGCUUCACGUGGUGGUUCGCGGGCGAAGCCGAGCGCGUGCACGGGAGCGUUAGCAUGUCGUCUGUGCCUGGGAGGCGGAUUUUCACCGUCAAGCAGCCCAUCGGUGUUGCGGCUGCUUUGGUGCCCUGGAACUUCCCCAUUGCGAUGGUGCUCCGGAAGGCUGGGGCGGCGCUGGCUGCGGGGUGCACGAUGGUGGUGAAGCCGAGUCCUGAGACGCCGGUGUCGACGCUUGUGUUGGCGGAGUUGGCGAGAAGGGCGGGGUUCCCGGCGGGGACGUUGAAUGUGCUGACGACGGAUUUGGAGAAUACGCCGGCGCUGAGCGAGGCGCUUUGUCGGCAUGAACUGGUCAAGAAAGUUACAUUUACGGGGUCGACGCGGGUCGGCAAAUUGAUUGCUAGGCAUUGCGCGGAUGGCUUGAAGAAAGUGACCCUGGAGUUAGGUGGGAAUUGUCCGUUCCUUGUGUUCGAUGAUGCCGAUCUGAAUCAGGCUUUGGAGCAGUUGAUGGCCUUGAAAUGGCGUCAUGCUGGUCAGGCGUGUAUCACGGCGAACCGCGUGUACGUGCAGGCGGGUGUGUAUGAUGAGUUUGCGCGGUUGUUGAAGGAGCGCACGCAGAAGUUAGUGGUGGGGCAUGGCGCGACGGAGGGAACGACGAUGGGGCCCUUGACGACGCCCCGCGGUGUCGAUAAGGCGCUGGAUCAAGUGGAGGAUGCGCGCAGGCUUGGCGCGGAUGUGAUCCUGGGCGGCAAUCGCGUGGAUGGUGCCCGCGGAUACUUCUUCGCGCCGACCAUCCUGACGGGCAUGAAGCCCGAGAUGCUGGUGUCGCGCGAGGAGACGUUUGCGCCAGUGGCGGCGCUGUAUCGGUUCGAGACAGAGGCCGAGGCGGUGCAGCUGGCUAACAGCACUAGCAUGGGGCUGGCGAGCUAUGCGUUCACCAAGAACGUCGACCGCAUGUGGCGGCUGUUGGAGAAUCUGGAGGCGGGCAUGAUCGGGAUGAAUACCGGCAACUCGUCGGCGGCGGAGUCGCCGUUUGGCGGAAUGAAGGAAUCGGGAUACGGCAAGGAGAGCGGACGGGGGGUGGCAGUGGAGGAGUAUUUAGUAACGAAGACGGGGACGUUGACAGUGAGUCCGGAGGUAUAG